UUAUGUUGACAUCCUUUGUGUCCACUUUUGGUCCGGUGAUUUUGUGAUACAGACAUUUUAGUCCGCUGACAGUUUCAGGAGAGUCCGUAAUACGGCUGUUUACAAACCUUGUGGUCAUCUAUUGACAUGAAGUUUGUCCCUCGAAAGCUAAUGAUGCAAUAGUGUGGUAAUCUGUGUGUGUGUGAAAGGUUCGGUCAACUUCAUGAUCGGGAACUACUGCCUGGACCGUGACGUCAUGAUGGCCUAGAUGGGUUAGGAUUGGCGAUGGAAACGUUCUCAAAUUUUCGUCAAUGAAAUCUCUAUUAUUAUGAUAGUCUUUACGAUAUCCGUGUAUUUAGUUAAUUACUGAAAAAGGAAAUUGUAAGAAAUUGGUGAAGGAUAGUGUGAAGUUGAGCAGGCACUGGUUUGAGAUGUCUCGACAGGAAGGUGUCAGCUGUGACUCAUGUUCCAAACGUAAUUUUCGUGGUCGCCGCUAUAAGUGCCUGGUGUGCUACGACUAUGAUUUAUGUUCAUCAUGUUACGAAGCAGGAGCAGUCACGCCUCACCACACAACUAAUCAUCCCAUGCAGUGUAUUUUGACACGAUCAGACUUUGAGUUAUACUAUGGGGGGGAGUCAUUAACUGUCGAUCAACCACAGUCAUUUACUUGUCCCCAUUGUGGAAGAAUGGGCUUGACUGAGACCACUCUUCAGGAGCAUGUCACUUUAGACCACACUGACACUUCUGCUGAAGUGGUUUGUCCGGUGUGUGCGUCUCUACCAGGGGGCGAUCCUAAUCUCAUGACUGAUGAUUUAUCUGGACACCUUAACCUUGAACAUCGAAGUGGUCCCCGUGACCUUAUAUCAUUUUUGGAUGAACCAGCUAGUCUGCGACACAGUGGAGUUCGCAGAGGUCCUCAUGCAUCAAGAGGUGUUGGACCAAGGCCAAGAAGGUGCAAUAUGCAUUUUAGCACUGGUGGCUUGUCCUCCAUAUCACCUUCUACGCGAGACACAGCAGAUCCAAUUGCAGAGUUAUUAUCUCAAUUAUCUGGUGUGCGAAGAUCCACUGCUAGCACUUCUGCUCAAAGCUCAACACCUUCCCAACUGCAACAACUCCAAAUACAACUUCAGCUGGAACGGCAGCAGGCCGCACGGCAGCAACUGGAGAGGUUACCGCGACGCCAGGCUCAAGCCAGCACUUCCAAUGCUGCCAGUAGCACUACUGGUCCAACUGCGGCUUCUACUGCUGCUGUUGUCAGUGCAAGCUCGGCUAGCUCUAAUGGUGAAUUAAGUUCUAGCUCUCCUCCAGCCCCUGUAAAUUUACAGUUUCUACUAUCAAGGUGCACCGAACCGCCUCUUUCAGAGACAGAACUUCAAGCAGCAGAAAUGGAGCGUGCUGAUCAUAGUUUAUUUGUGCAAGAGCUGGUCAUGUCUACUUUGUCAGAUUCAACUGCCUUGAUUUUGUCAUUGGGUCUCAAUGCUGUGACCUCAAAUAGAAAUAGCGAAAACAAUGAAACGUUUUCUUCAAGUAGGGAGUCCCCAGGAGGCGGUGGGGGUGCACGGGUAACUAGCACUUCAUCUGCUCCUACUGGUUCCUCUUCCAGCACUUCAUCUGUUUCUGCUUCGUCUCAACAGAAAGCUUCUUCAGGAAGUGUUCCUUCCAAACGCACUAGUACAAGAGGAAUGGGGCCAGUAAAUGCAUCCAGUGGUGCCUCUCGGAGCCAGGGUCAGCAAUUAGCUCAGCCUCAACAACAGCAAUCGGUCCACCUCCGAGACCGGGGUGCUGUUAUGUCCCUCCCCACCCAGCCACAGCCCAUGAGGGUAGUUACUGGGACUGGUACUAUCCGAGAAGUUGUCGGCGCACCUAGCUAUGGCAGUCCAGGUUCAAGCAGGAGAAAGCCAGUCCGCACCGCAACUGAGCCACCGCCACCUCACUAAAAGUGUUUGAGGAUCUAGUCCCCCUUAAGUCCUUCUCUAUACCUUCCUCAUCCUGUUGUUUCCCUGACCUCUUAGCCCACAGUUUUGUUGAGUAGUGAAGUUUUAUCUGUGAAGAUUUGUGAUUUUGUUAUUCUUGAGUUGGUAGGACAGUGGGGUAGGUUUUAUUAAAUUGGUUCUUGCUAUGUCAGUUCUGUUAUUGUUGUCUCUCAGCUCAAGAUAAAUCGCUAAUGUGUUGGUAAAUUAUCCAGUUUUCAUGAAAAUUGAUCAUAUGCAAGUAUGUAUUUAAUAAGUAUCACCACCUAACUUCUUUUAUUGGAACAGUACUAAUUUUGUUCUAAGCAUAGAUCAAUAUUUGGCUUGGUAGUAAUGGUGUAAAUAAUUGUUUACUCUGAUGGUAAAUCUUGAGGUGAGGGAUGGAGUGCUCUCAUGGCCAACUGCUUUGACCAUGAACUGAUAGACUGAAAAUACAGAAAAACAACAUGCUUCAUUAAAGAAAAUUUGUAGUAGCAUUUAAAAUAGUUAUCAAAAUACAUCUAGUUGAUGGUGUUUCUAUUUCUAUCACACUCUACUAGUUUGUAAGUAAUCUUAAACUUCUGUGCCUUUCCUUUGGCAUGUCCUUUCCCCAAUUGCUUUGUGCCUGUGCUCUUAUUCUGGCAGAGUGCAACUGCUGAGUGGUAUUUCUUGCACUUCUACUCAUUUCCUUUUUUGAAAGCUUGCCUAGCGUGUUUAUUUUGUAGCUGAGAAUGCCAACAUUUUCAAUAACUUAGCAGUCUUAACAUGUCAUCCCAUCAGUCUUACCAACUUUGCAGCACUUUUUGUGUAUCAAUUAUGCUGUUAUUAUUUUAAAAUGUGAGGGUUAAAAAUACACUUGCAGAUCAGCUUUCUUUAGCUGUCUUUUGUUGGUUCAUAUACUUCUGAUUUCAAAACCUGUAGUUAGUUGGAAUACUCUACUAGUACUUUUCAAUUUAGUAAAAAGUAAAAGCUCUACCCUGGGGGGAAAAAAUUGUGCCACUCAUUUGAAAGUUCAUAGGAGAAAUUAAACAUUUUGAUGCUUGAUGAUUUGUAAACCAUUUUCAUUAUUCAUUUUUUAUCUUGAACAUUGGCUGUGUCUAUAAAGAAGUGCACAAUAUUUGUGUCAAAAUUUCAGAGUUAAAAAUUGUUGAUACUGGCCUUAUUUUUGAGCUGUAACCAAAUUCAAAGAUUCACAGCUACCUCUAACACCUAUGCUGCAUCCUUUGAUAUUUGGUGUGUUAAUUAAAAUAUCAGAUUUCUUAUAGAUUGAUUUUGAUCAAGAUACAAUGUAAAUGAGGAAGAGAGAACUGCAUUCUGUUUCAUCUUGACUGACCUUGAUUAUUACAUACCUGAAUACAUACCAACACAUUACUGUAUAUUUUUCUAAAAAGCGGUAUGUACCAGCGUGUGAGAAUCUCGUUGGCUGUCUUCAGUACCACUUGUCAGUGGAAUGCCUUUGCUGAGCAUCAGGAUCUGUUAACUCAACCGUGACAACAUAAAAGUUAGUUUUUGAAAUUUGUAACAUACACCACAAAACCCCCCUGCCCUAAUCCACCAAUAAGAGACAAUUGGAUGAAGAAUUGAGUUUUACAGUAAAUACCAACACCUUUCUAGUUAUUUGAGUAAUAUAGAUAUUGUCAAUGUUUUAACUUACUUUGUAAAUCAUUUCAUAGCUGAAUGUUAUAGACAUUUGGUUUUCUGUGAUGAGAUUAACCGGCUUGUGGACAUUGGCUAUUAACAAGUUUGUGUGCACAUUUCUUUGUUGUGUGACUAUGAAUUUAUAUGAUUACAUACAAAUUUAUCUACCUAUAUAAAUAUAUAGAUAUAUGUAUUAUAUCUAUAUAUAUAUAUGUACACAUAUUGUGUGUUUGUGUGAAUGUUAGUUUGUGAGAUUGUGAGCUUGUGUGUACAGAAGCAACUUUAGCCAAUGUAUGUUGAUAUGCCCCCAAACCGCAUUUUUCCCUCUUUUUUUCUUUUUUCCUUUCCCCUAUACAUUCUGUAAGGGGAGGACUGAUUGAGAAGCAAGCUGUGUUUGGGUUUGGGUAGUGAUAUUCAGGUAUACACUGUGCUGUAUACCUGGGUUUUUGACUUUUUCAUUUACUUGAAAAGAUCUGAAAAGGGAUUCUGAAAUUUGCGAAUGAGGAGACUGAUGUAAACAGUCAUAUUAUUAAAUUUUCAGUGUUAUGCCAAAUUCCAAAAUAGUGUGAGGGGAAAACUUAUUGGGUCACCCACUAAAUGUUAAAUUCAGUCGUUCACAAACACUUUUCACAUUUUGAGAGCUGUUUUGUAUGAUACUGGUUGGUCUAAAUAUUAUCUUCAAACUUUUCGCAACAAUCUACUUAUUUUUUGUUAAUUUUUAAGAAAAUAGGAGAGCCACAUGUUGCGUUGUUUUCUUUUUGUCUUCUUGUUUUACAUUAUAUACUUCAUCAGUUGCUAAUGAUCCCAUUACCAGAUAUGAAAUUGGUAGAGUUUUCUUUAUAUACCUGUUUCAAAUGGGCUGCUUACGAUGUAUUUCAACUUUGAGGUUGUGCAAUAAUAACAGAAACCAUGAACUAAAUGUA